UGGGGCGGAGCGAUAUCUGUAAUUUUUGCUUCCGCCAUGUAUGUUGAUCUUCGGAGCUCCGCGCAGGCUUCUUGGAUCGGCGCUAGGCCCCCCUGCCUGGCGCGCAGAGCGCGCCAGGAGCAGCGCCGAAGGCGCCGCCAGGGGGGACCCAGCGCAGAUCCGGGAAGUCCACGCGGAGCUCCGAAGGUUUGCGUGUGUGCCGUUUUUCCUUCCUCCGAGCAGAGAUCAUCGAUGGCAAAGCAGUCGCUGCCAAGAUUCAGCAGGAGCUGACGGAGGAGGUGCGUGCCCUUCGCGAGCUGCACGGCGUGACCCCGGGCCUCGCCGUGCUUCUCGUCGGCGCGCGUCCCGACUCCGCGGUGUAUGUCAGAAUGAAGUCCAGAGCCGCCGAGAAGGUCGGCAUCCAGAUUUUCGACUACACGUUCCCCGAGGGCGUCGAGGAGGAGGAGCUGCUGGGCCGCAUCGCUGCUCUGAACGCCGACGACCAGGUCCACGGCGUCCUCGUCCAGCUGCCUCUGCCCGCUGGCCUGGACGAGCGUAGGAUCCUGGACGCCAUCAGCAUUGAGAAGGACGUGGACGGCCUGUCGGCCCACAACCUCGGCUGCCUGGCGCAGCCCGACGGCUGCGCCACCGCCGUGCCGUGCACGCCGGCGGGCUGCAUGGAGCUGCUGCGGCGCAGCGGCGUGAGCUUGGCCGGCAAGGAGUGCCUGGUGCUCGGCCGCUCGCGCAUCGUGGGAGUGCCGAUGGCGAUGCUGCUGUUGCGCGCUGACGCGACGGUAACGGUGUGCCACAGCCGCUCGCUGGACGUGCCAGCCAAAUGCGCUCGGGCCGACGUUGUCGUCGCCGCCAUCGGGCGCGCGGGCUUCGUGAAGGGCGAGUGGCUCAAGGACGGCUGCGUUGUCAUAGACGUGGGCAUCAACCGAGUGGAAGACUCGUCCGCAAAGCGAGGCUACAGGCUGGUCGGGGACGUGGAUUUCGCGAGCGCCAGCGUGAAGGCGUCGCAGAUCACCCCGGUCCCUGGAGGCGUCGGGCCGAUGACGGUGACCAUGUUGUUGCGCAACACGGUCGAGCUUGCGCGGCGAACUGCGAGCAAGAGUGGAGCGUGAGCGCGCCGGCAAAAGAGAGUGCCGGCCCUGCCAUCGCUCUUCCUCGGUACGGCUCGGGGGGCUGCCAGUGGAGCUGGGCGGGCUGCCUGCAGUAGCGCCCCUGACCCGUGCCGCCGACUCCCGACUUGAAACCAGAGGCGACCUUUUGCGGUUUCGAGAGUGCCUUUUCUGUCCGCUCGGCUUUUCGUUGUGUUCUCUGCGCUCGUUUUCUCCCCCGUUUGCGUUUCUCGAUUCCUGGAAGAGCCUGGCGCCUUUUCAGAUGUUCUCGUGGUUGAGGUCCGACUGCAGGGGUCGUCUUGCAUUUGACUCUAAGAAGGAA